UCGCGUUCGGUCGGGAAAUCCACGUUGCUCCUCCAAGCGGUCCGGACCCAGGUGUUGAGCAUUGACACAGCGCCUCACACAGACACCCAUUGCAGUGUGACUUGGGGGUUAAUUCUUGCGGGAUAGACUGUGUGUGCUCCCCGGACCUUUCUCCGUCUGCCAGAGCUGCGGGAGGCAUCGCAGCGGCAGAUCACAUUCUAGCAGAGUUUUUGAAUCCUGGUAUCGUGUGGAUUCUCGUCGUUUAUUUACGUUGGAAAAAAAUAGUGACGAAGAGGUGCCGUAGUGUGAAUAGUUGCAAAAGGCUGAAUGUCAGAAAGCUUGAAAUAAAAAGCGGAAACUCGACGAGGGAGUGAAAAUUAAGGAUACUCUCCAUGCAAAUAGCGCAGUCGGUGCAAUUUAAUUAUGUGAUGUAAGGUCAAACGGUAACGAAAGUGUGGAUCGAAGAAGAAUUCCAAUUAUAUCAAAACGAUUCCUAAGUGUAUAUGAAAGCAUCCGUACUGUGUAGAGAAAAAAAUCAUUACAUUCCGUUAUUGCUGCAAAUACCACAACGUUCAAGUGAAGAGGAAAGUAACGAAUAUUUGUGACACGUGUCGUGCAUCCCGCUAAGGAGGCAAAUAACAAGUGAACAAAAUUGAAUUUGCAAGCGAUCAACGGGCUCGGUGAUUUCCCAGUUGGACCCCACACAUUGAGGACAAACGCAAAUUCUGUUAGGAUGCCUCAAGUGUUAUAUAUUCUUCACAUGACAUGAAUGUCGCAGGUGGCAACCCCGUCUAGCAGAAAGCAUAAAAGAAAAUUGCAAUCACCGGCACUCAACGACACUGUUCCCGUUCACCUGCCCCGGAGCUUGCAAAUUCACUCUGCGAGCGCACGUAACAAAGUUUCACGCGCAAAGUAACAUUUUCAAUGAAGCAGUCUUUGUUGCCUUGGGUCUGCAAAGUAGCCUUCUGAAACUCAAUCUAACAAGCAGAAGCUAAAUUAAAACACAAAAGCAAGAUUUCCGCCUGUUGCACAGGUCCCGAUGGGCACUGUGGUAAACCUCUGUUGGCGGCAAACAGUGAGCGGCUGGGAAUAACCGCAAAGAGUACGGAAAGCGCUACCGGGUUGGGGUGGUGGAGAUCGAAUGAAGCGGGCGGAAUAGGAAUUUGCGGGAAUCGUAGCUGCAGACCGAGGAGGUAAACGUCAUGGCCGCUGCAAUAGAGGAAGCGGUUUUCAACGCACUGCGAGGGCAUCACAACGAGAAGACUAAGCUGCCGUCUCCUCGCAUUAUCAAGAUUUAUGUUGCAAGCUUAAAGGAAGACUUCAAAGAAGAACGGCGAUUGCUGCUCGAAGUGAUUGGACCCGAUUUACAGUCGGUUUACGAUGAUCGACAAAUUGAGGUUGAGAUUGUGGAUAUUCACUUCGGAACGGGAAAAGGCUGCACGGUGGUGGACUUGGAUCCGUACGCGCUGGAAGACCACCUGUAUGAAAUCGAAACCUGCCACCGAGUUUCCAAAAGUGUAUUUUUAAUAGUAUUGUUAGGAUCACGUUUAGGCAAUUUUUUGCUCCCAACGAAGCUCGAUGCGGAAAUUUUCACGGCAAUCAACAAGCGCUCCACGGUGGACGAAUGCGAGUGCCUCAGGAAAUGGUACCAGGAGGAUGCGGUUGCCGGAGGCUACGUGCUGAGGACACAAUUCAGGACAAAGGAACGCCAGGACUGGAUUACGGAAAGUCGGCAGCUGAGCGAUAUACUUGAAACCAAAAUCAACGAUAUUUUAAAGACAUUCCAGGAUGGUGGCGGGGGAAACGAUGAGGGUGGAGGAGGCGGACCAGCAAUCAAAUUAAUCGAUGGCGAACGAUUCUGUGAUAAACUCAAACGACUGAAAACCAGAGCACUCGAGCUGGAGAUACAAAAGGGUUUAGCCUGCUCGAAGGAGAACAUGUUGGCUAUUUAUCGCCAGUGGGAUGCGGAAAAUGGGAACGGCCCCACCGACGAGAGUCUUGUGGAACAAAUAAAAUCAUCUCUACGGGACGCACUACCUGCUGACAAUCAAGAAACGUUAACGGCACCUUGGACGGAAAACGGAAUUGAUCCCGAAUUGGACAGUCAUGAAACUUAUCUGAAUGACUUCAAAGAGCUAGUGUACGACAAACUGAAAAACGCCAUCGACCAAAGCCUUGCAAAGGACCCAAACGGUGGCAAGGGCCGGAAGAAAACUGUUCAGGAAAUAUUUCACGAGCAUUCGACCCACCUAAUGUACUUGAAUGAACAUCUCAGCGCCGGCAAAUACAUAUCAUCCAAAGUCCCAGACCGGAUACGACAGAACGUGCAGCAAAACUAUCGCUCCGGCAGCCGGCACCCACCGUACUUCGUCUACGGUGGUCAUGGCAGUGGCAAAAGCACGCUUCUGUCGCAUAUUUACUCGCAGCUAACGGAGUGGUUCGAGCACAUUAAAGUGCAUCGUGUGAUCCGGUACGCUUCUGCCACACCCCGGUCCGCCUACAACCUGGAACUGCUGAGAGUAAUCUGUCAACAGCUGGCAAUUAUACUCAAUAUACCGGAGGGCUAUUUACCAAAGGAUGCCUCGUUUGAUCCGCUCUACAUCAAUAACUGGUUCCAGAACCUGCUGAAGCACUGCGAAGAUUUGCACAACGAGAUAUUGUUUCUCUUCAUUGAUGAUCUGCACAGGUUGAACCCACUGGACUGCGACAUCGUGGCAGCUUUAUCGUGGCUGCCGAUUAGCUUGCCGUGGAACGUUUUCCUCGUCGUCUCAACCACUGUUCCGAUCGACUCACUCAAACUGACACCGAUGCAGAAGGAACGGUUUAAAUACUCAGAUUAUUUCUUCGAUCUAUCGUUGGAGCAGGACGAGACAAUUGUGCGGAAAGCGGAUAACUCGGAAUCCUUUGAAGCAUACGUGAACAACAUUUUCGAUGCGAUGGAGCGGCGGUUUGGAGUGAAAGGCUUCAGCAAACUGGCUAUCUACAUCACGUGCUCGGAGUAUGGGCUGACCGAAACCGAGUUUCUGGAGCUUUUGAUGCCCACUCAGGACUCGGAGGCACUCAUCGACACGAAUGAGGGGGGCUUCAAUUUCUCCACCUUCCGGACUGCACGGAAUGAGAUGAGAACCCUUUUGCGGGAGAAGCUAAUGUCCGGAAAGUUGCUCAUCGUUUGGCGACACAGCAUCUGCUCGGAAAUCACCAAAGUGCGCUACAUGACACCGGAUAUCUCCCGGGCGGUCCAUUCGGAAAUUGUGAAUUUGUUCUUCCCUCCGGAUAGCGAGGAGAGCGACGAGAUAUCCAGCGCACAAAAUAGCAGAAAGUCGAGCAUCCAAACACAGCACGAUGAUAACGUAACCCAGAUUAUCACCCUCGGACCGGACAUCUCCUACAGUAUACGGCACGUCGAGGAGUCCUGGCACCAUCUAAUUAAAUCCGAUGAUACGAAAAAGCUCAAAGAGAUUGCGGUGUGCAAUUUCGACUUCCUGCUGGCGGCGGUACAAACGGUGUCAAUUAGCUAUCUGCGAUGUUUAAUAGAGCACGUGCGGUGUUAUAUUUUGGAUCGGGACAUAGAGCUGGUUUACUACACCAUACGAAAGUCUAGCGAUGUGUUAACGAGGGAUCCAAUGCAACUUGGAGCUCAGCUAAUAUCCUGGCUCAAAUCAGUGGCAGCCCAUGAAGGUCCUCAGGCACUGCUGAGCGUGACGGUUCAAUCAGCGACGGCUUGGUGCGAUGGUUAUACGGUUCCACUGCUGGUGCCUCUUACCGGCUGGCUGCCGGUGCCGCUCCCAUCGCAGAUCCGGUGCAUGACGGUACCAGGCCCAGGACCGGUGCGCUGUAUCGAGGUGUCACCCUCCAAGCAACAUCUAAUACUCUCGCCCAAGGUGGGCGACCCGCAACUAUGGCACAUCAUGAGCAACAGUUUGGUUCACACGUUCAAAGGUCACAGCGGCCCGGUUACCUAUAUGAAGGUGCAAUGGCAGUACCUGCUCACCGCAUCCGAGGACACAUCUGUUAUCGUAUGGGACAUGCAAACACUGGCGAUGAAGUUGAGAUUAUGCGAACAUAUAGCACCGGUGACGUGCUGCACGUUGGCUCUGGAUAAUAAGUACCUUAUCACCAGCAGUGAGGACUCCAGCAUAAUCGUGGCUCUGUUCGAGAGCGGGAAGGUGCUGACAAAAAUAGACCACCACCGAGGACCGGUCACGGCCGUUCACGUGGCAAUGCCCAGCGAGGUGCUGGUAUCGUCCAGCCAUGACGCCACCGUGUGUUUGUGGUCUCUGGACAACUUUAGCCUCCUCAACUGCAUCCAGUUGGCUCAUCCUGUGCUGAACUUUCAAAUUUCCUGUGAUUCGAUUUUCCUGCUAGCGUACUGCCAGGACAAUGGUCUCUACCUGCGAGCACUCGCCACCGGCACCGAGCUGCACGCUUUAAAAGGACAUAAAUCGAAGGUUCGAGCUCUCUGCAUCGCCAUGGAUAGCCAGCGGGCCAUCGUUGGUGGUGAGGACACACGUGCUCUUAUUUUCGACAUGCACUCCGGCCGAGUAAUACGAUCGCUUCCGCCGAACCCUGGCCCAGUAACGGCGGUGUACAUCAUGGCCAAGGAUGAUUAUCUGAUAACGGCUGGCGGGAACAAAAUAACGUUUUACUCCUUCCGAAACGAAGAUUCCAUAGUGAAUUUCUUCCCGAAAAAGAAGAAGACUAUGAAGAAAAUUGCCAAGAGCCGUAUUGCUCUGGCGGCUGCUACCAGCCCGGUGAUUUGCUUCGACGUUUCACGAGACUCGACCAUGGCGGCGGUUGCAUCAAGUCGAUGCAUUCAAAUAUGGCAGCUGAAUACUCCGGAAUUGACGGCGAUACUCGAAGGACACAGCGGAACGGUAACGUGCGUUAGUUUCGCACCAAACUGUGAAUUUGUGGCUUCGGGGUCGGAGGAUAAGACUGUAAAUGUGUGGAAUUUGGCUCAGGGAACAAUAACGGCAACCUUCAAAGGCCAUAACACGUUUGUCACAACCGUGACGUUCUUGAUGGAUUCAAGAAGAAUUAUUUCUGCGGACAGAGAAAGCUGUCUGUUCGUGUGGAUGGCGGAUUCAGGGACAAUUCUCCAAAGUGUACAAGGUCCGUUCAAGUGCUUAGCUGUCACGAACAAUAUGAAAUUCGCCGUGUGUACGAAUGGAGAUACAAGUUUGCGGAUAUGGUCUCUCACAAGAGAAGAUGAAAAGUUCCUGGUCUCGCACGCCGGGGAAAUUACGUGUUUCAUUAUAACUGCUGAUUCCUUGUACUUGAUAUCUGGGUCUAAGGAUAUGUCGCUGAAGGUGUGGCAAGCGUCCGGAGGAAAACUAGCACAAGUUUUGGUCGGUCAUACUGACGCAGUUACUUGUGUAGCAGUUUCCGUUAAUAAUAAGAGUCAAGUCAUAUCAGGAUCGAAAGACUCCAAUCUAAUCAUUUGGGAUAUUCAUACCGGUGAGGAGAUUCACACGCUUGCGGGUCAUUUAGGUCCAGUGACUUGCGUGAAGGUUUCGGCCGACGGUACAACGGCAGUUUCUGGAAGUGAUGACAAAACUCUGAUUGUUUGGGAGACGAAACGUGGGUUGGCGUUGACAUCGCUUCAGUUGCAUGUUCAGUUUACUCGAUUCGACAUCAGCAUGGAAUGCUCCAGAAUUGUUGUUCAAUUAGUAGACAGCUCGUGUCUUCCCAUCAUCUGCCUGCAUAACUCACCUGCGUCAUACAUUAAGCUCCCAACAUACUCAGCCCCCGCACGGGAUGUCGAAGAUCUACGACCGGCGGGUCCCAAGCGGCCAGCUCGUAGACUACUCAAGAAGGAAGUUUCCCUGGAUACAUACACCUGGCAGAAGAAGUACGCUCACCUGACAUCAUCGGUCAUGAUGGCCCAGGUGGAUGAAAGACUGAAACGGCGCUUCUCAGUAUCGGCCAGUAUGGAGGAAAUCUCCAAGUUGGCAGAAACAAAGAACACGGAAUCACAGCAAAACCUCGGUCCAGAGCAAGCUGCUUUGGCUCAGUCACAACACUUUGACCAGCUGGAGGCUCUGUGGAAUAAACGAUCCCCGCCAAGAAGACGUGUGAAUGCGUCCCUCUCGCGGCAGUCUUCCCUGGUGGAAGACCGUAUCGAAUCAUCCGACGAGGAUGAGUUCCUGGAAGAACGCGCAGACGUUCUAGCGGAUUAAGUGUUGAAAUAGCAACUAAGUGACCAUCAUACUAAAUCAAUUUCACAAGUUUUAUAGAUUCGCCGAGUAUGUCAGUGUGCUUCAAAUCCCAACAUUCCAUCGAAGAUUUCCGCUAUAAAUCGACUACAGCGCCAGUGCAAAGCUGGAAAAGCUCUUCCCCACCCUAUUCACCACCCUCCCGUAUCAGUUUGUUCAGGCGAACACGAGUAAGCUUUCUCCCCUGCUUCAAACGGACGCAGCCACUCAUUCGGCGGAAAGCUCGCAAACGCUAACUGUUGAUCCACCCACCUUCUCGCUGUAAAGCGUGUGUGCGAGUCGAAUGGCAUCCGAAAAAAAAAAACAAAACGCAAUCGCAAAACUUUUUAUAGUACUACAAACGAACAAAAAUUGAAAAGCUCACAAAAAGGCCGUGAAUUAUGUACACUAUUGGAAAUAUGUAAGGACAACGUUUUGUGAUGACGUUAUCGAUUGGAUCCAGUUUCGGGUUUUUGUUUUCUCAGAGUGCCACCCUUUUUGUUGUUGUUGUUGUUGUUAUCAAGCCCCAACUGAUGCUCCCCUUCUCUGAAAUGCUUAAGUGAUAGACGUUAAGGGUCGGUGGAUUUCAAUUACGUACAUAAGAAAUGUUCAUACGCUAGCGCCGGGACAGGAUUUGAAUAGAUGCUUUAACUUUAACUGGAUGUGUUCAUGAAAGUAAAACUUUGCAUAAGGAAUACCAUUGUAAGAGAGACGAGGUAAUAGGCAAAGUAGGUAUAUGGGACGAGACAACAAACACAAAUAUCUAUGGAAACAACAAAAUAAAUUAUAGGAAAAUUCAACAAAACAUAACUUCUUGCACAUCGCGUCGGCAAAUUGAAUAGUGCUGAGUUGAAAUGAAAUCAUUACGUUGUCAAAUAUGCAUUUGAUGAUGUGGACAGAAUAUUUUUUUUUCCUUCUUCGUUUAUGUGUUAUUUUGGGAUGUAAUUUUCAAUUCCGAACGGAAUUAAUUUUAAAUUUUGGCGGAAAAUUUCUGAGAAGAUUUUGGAACACCGAUUAUUUGAAAAAAUACUGUAGGAUUUUUAUAUUUUAAGUUCCGUGUAACAUUCUAUGCAAGUAGAAAUUACCACGGGAAAUUGAAAAAAAAAUAACAGAACGCAUUACUUUGAAAGAUUUUCUAAAUAUUUUCUUCACGAACAUAAAGAACGAGCUUGUGAAACGAUGAAGAACAGAGACACAUAAGCACACAAUAGGGACACGGCAGGUAUUUUCGUCUGUUCGUCAUAGUCUCGAAAACCAAUAAAAGAGACGUUUUUUUUUGUAAAACUCAUACGUACCAAAUCGUAAGCUCAGGUGAAACGUUCUGCUAUAGUGGAGUUCUAGCAAAUGUACGUUGCUUUCAUUAGUUUUAGCCCUUACGACGAUGGACGGAAAUACCUGCCGUGUCCCUAUAUAAUGUAUUACCUGAAAGGAAAUUUGAAACAGUUUUUGGAUUGUUUCUUCAAGAAUCUGGAAACAAACAAGAAAGCCUAAGGAGAAACUGGGGUUCUGAUUUUAUAAUAAGGCAAUAGGAGGAAAUUCCGAAGGAGUUUCUAGAUGAAUUUUCGAGGGAAUGGAAUGUCUUAUGGAAUAGGUACCUGGAAAAAUUCCAGUAGAAUUGUUAAAAUAAUUUUCGAAGGAAUUUUGUACAAAUGUUUAAAAGUAUGUAGGGGGAAUGACGGCUUUGGCAGGUU